AUGUUGAUUUCGUUAAAGCUAUGGUCGUUGGUAUUUAUACGCGUCGCACGUAUAUUGUUUACCCAAGACAACAGAAGUAGCAACCGGGAUCACGAGUUCUAUGAAAGUUUCUUGCCUUGCUUUCUGGUGGAAGUUUGCUUCGCUUCGGGAAUAAUUUCCACACGUGCCGUUGAACGGUACGAAUGUGGUGAUUCUGCAAUUCGUAAACUGUAUAUGGUGUAUGGAUAA